CGGGUGUACCUCUGUGCACUGAUUGAGUUUCGGUCUCCGGUGAAGUUCGAGCCGCCUCCGUCACCUCCGGUGUCCCCGCCGUGCGCGGGCCACUCCCUGUCGCCCCUACAACAGCCGCAGCAGCAGCAGCAGCUCCCCUCGGCGACGUCGUGCGCCCCGUUCUGCGACGAGCGCCCAGGGUACGGUCGCAGCGGCGGCGGCAGGGGCUCGCUCCAGCUGUGGCAGUUUCUAGCAGCGCUGCUCCGGAGUCCUGGCAACGCGCCCUGUAUCGCCUGGACCGGCAGGGGACUCGAGUUCAAGCUCACCGACCCCGAAGAGGUUGCCAGGAGAUGGGGCCUUCAGAAGAACAGGCCAGCCAUGAACUACGACAAACUCAGCCGGUCCCUGAGGUACUACUACGAGAAGGGAAUCAUGCAGAAAGUGGCAGGCGAGCGGUACGUGUACAAGUUCGUGUGCGAUCCCGAGGCGGUGAACACAGGAAGCUCGCCACCCGACGUCUCGAAGGCCCGGCUGGAAGAGCAGGCGCCCAAGGAUCCGGGCGACCCUCGGCAGCCGUCACCGGCGCAGCACUGGCAAGCCAGGGCGGACUCCGGCCUGGCCGCCCUCGAGUACGCCCAGUUCCCGGCCUACCAUGCCGAUUAUGCCACCUCCAUGGCGCUGGAAGGCUGUUAGUACCGUAGCCCGCACAACGGUUGACGGCACGACGCGCUGAAACGCGAUGACAAACGGAGCUCCGGAAACGCUACACUUAGAGCUGCUGUCGUCCCAUACUUCCGGCACCCUCUACAAGGCGUUUAGCCCCAAAAUUAAACUUCGUGCAGUCACAAGACAGGCCAUACCACGGUGGGCCAAACUUUGUAGUACACUGCGUGACAAAGUAUACCGCAUGUCACACAGCACGAUUAAGAGACGGUGGAGGGUAAGAGAGGGUAGGGUGUUGAUGAGCCCCAAAUUUUACGCAUACGUUGAUGCCCCGAAUAAGCACCGUUCACGACGCUACUAGCCUUAAUAAGAGUCUUUAAAUUCUAAAAUAACGACGUAAAAUUUCGCAACUGGCUGAUCAUUUCAACUGCGUCGCGCCUCGCGUAAAUUAUUUUAGCAUCGUUUGGCCCAGACGCCAAGACGCCGAGUUUGCUAGUUGUCACCUAGCCGUUGUCAUGGGUAUACUCAGUUUCACAUCAACUCCAAAAGCAGCCAACACUGUAGUGUUAGCUGCUUUUGGACUAAAUGUGAAACGGAGUGCCUUUGGUGGGAGCUUUUGCAACACACAGCUGAAAUAGACCACAAUAUGUCUGUCAGGAGUGUGGCACUUCUCUGGGCAUCAUCGUUGGCAACGCUCGCAGAGUUUCUCCAGCGUAUACAGUUUCGGUAUACGGCGACGAACACGAAGAAAAUGAUCAGUGCACCUCUCAACGCCCGCUGGCAUUUAUUGAACGUUGCAUAAUUUAGUUCGGCCUCCGAUAAUGAUUGCCUUUAAAUCUACAGUUACCGCAUGGCGCAUAAAGUCGUAAUAAAUAAAAAUAAUUAACACUUUUUAGAGAAAUGGUCCGGUGCUCGCGUCGGUUAUUCUCGCACAUGAUGUACGCCCUUCAGAAACAUACAGUGAAAAUGGCAGCCACGUAAAAGUCGUUGUACGAAUAUAACGCAAACUGAGCUCUGUGUGAACUUGAAUCGCUCCGGCUAGUCUCGCUUCACAUUAAUCUACGGGGAGGGAACCACCGCGUGUAGCGUUUCUGCCGCUCUGAUUGCCCUGAGUUUAUCAUCUGCGCGCUACAGUACGCGUCUUGUGGCGCGUCAUUUGCGUACACCAUGACACGAGAUGGGUAAGCUCGGUGUCGAGGCUCCAGACCCUAUAAAGGCCUGGAAUAGCUAGUCAUGUUAGGGGUUUUCUCAAUUAUAGGCGAAUACGUGAAGUUGUUUUGAGUAGCUCCCCCACGUACUUUACUACUUUGUUUGCUUUGGUAUUCCUUUCCAUCACUCGUUAGGUUAAUACAACUUCAGAGUAUCUUUAUUUUCCCUAUACAUAAACUUGUUUUACAUUGUGUCAGAUUUCGAAAUCAAAAUAAGCGCUCAUAAAUAAAUUCUUAUUCCUGCAGAAUCUUUAGUUCUAGUGUUCUCUUUCCAUUUCGUCGCUGUUGUCAAAUCGCGUAAAAAAAACUAGAGAGCACUUAAAAAAAAAAAAAAAAA